AUGCAAACGUCCAAGAAGAAGUCAGGACCGAGAUUUCUACUCUCGCCCCAGCAGAAAAAAGACCUCAAGGAAGCUUUCGAUCUAUUCGAUCUGGAAGGUGUUGGAAAAAUCAACGCUAAAGAUCUAAAAGUAGCCAUCAGAGCGUUGGGAUUCGAGCCCGGCAAGGAGGAAAUACGGAAAAUGGUAACAGAAAUCGAUAAAACCGGGUCCGAGAAAAUCUCAUUCGACGAUUUCCUGCACUUGUUGGCCCUGAAGAUGUCCGAAAAGGACUCGAAGGAAGACGUAAUAAAGGCCUUCCGGCUGUUCGCCGACGAUCCGGACGGCAAGAUAUCCUUCUGGAAUUUAAAGAAGAUAUCCGAGGAGCUGGGCGAGGACAUGACCGACGAACAAAUCCAAGAGAUGAUCGAAGAAGCCGAUAAGGAUAGGGACGGCGAGGUCAGCCAGGACGAGUUCAUGAGGAUGAUGACCAGAUCGAAUUCGGUGUAAUUUUUGCCUGUAUAUGUAUCGAUAAAUGACGCGGAAACGCCGACGAAGAGAAAGUUCCAGUAAAUUCGUGUAAUUUAGUCGGUUACAGUCGAAUACCUGUAAUAACAUAACGAUAAUAUCAAUAAUUUACGAGAAAUUGCC